AUGGAGGCCUGGCGAGGUCCUGCCGAGCGUGCCCUGCACUGGGGCCUCCCAGCCCUGGCCCUCGGCUUCUUUCUCUUCCACUGUGAUCCCUUCACCUGCUUCUCCUUUCUCUCCUCUCCUCCACCCGCCCCAAGUUUCGAGGACUCCACCCUGUCCACGGCCACUACCCUUGAGUCUAUCCCCAGCUCCACGGGAGAGCCGAAAGUGCCAGCGACCACCGCAACACUGAUGCGGCAGCAGGCCUGCAGCAAGCCGCUGAGCCAGAACCAGCGGGGCCGGCAGCCCAGCCAGCCUACUACCAGCCAGAGCCUGGGCCAGUUGCAGGCCCAUGCGGCCUCAGGACCGGGCUCCAACCCCCGGGCCUAUGGCCGGGGUCAGGCUCGGCAGGGCACCUCGGCCGGCUCCAAGUACCGGGCAGCUGGGGGGCCGCAGCCUCGUUCCAACCCAGGCAGCUGGGACCACGUGGUGGGGCAGAUUCGAAACCGAGGCUUGGACAUGAAAUCCUUCCUGUUGCCUGCAGGAGGGAAGGCUGUGAACACAGCCCCAGUGCCUGGCCAGACACCUCACGAUGAGUCUGACCGCAGAACGGAGCCCCGUUCCUCUGUCUCGGACCUCGUCAACUCCCUGACCAGCGAGAUGCUCAUGCUCUCCCCAGGCUCUGAGGAGGAUGAGGCCCAUGAGGGCUGCAGCCGAGAAAACCUGGGUCGCAUCCAGUUCAGCGUCGGCUACAACUUCCAGGAGUCUACACUCACCGUGAAAGUCAUGAAGGCCCAGGAGCUGCCAGCCAAGGAUUUCAGUGGCACCAGUGACCCCUUUGUCAAGAUCUACCUGCUACCCGACAAGAAGCACAAACUGGAGACCAAGGUGAAGCGGAAGAACCUGAAUCCACACUGGAACGAGACCUUCCUCUUUGAAGGUUUUCCCUAUGAGAAAGUGGUGCAGAGGGUCCUCUACCUCCAGGUCCUGGACUAUGACCGUUUCAGCCGCAAUGACCCCAUUGGGGAGGUGUCCAUCCCUCUCAACAAGGUGGACCUGACCCAGAUGCAGACCUUCUGGAAGGAUCUGAAGCCAUGCAGCGAUGGGAGUGGGAGCCGAGGGGAGCUGCUCUUGUCUCUCUGCUACAACCCCUCUGCCAACUCCAUCAUCGUGAACAUCAUCAAAGCUCGCAACCUCAAAGCCAUGGACAUCGGGGGCACAUCAGACCCCUACGUGAAGGUGUGGCUGAUGUAUAAAGACAAGCGGGUAGAGAAAAAGAAGACGGUAACAAAGAAGAGGAAUCUGAACCCCAUCUUCAAUGAGUCUUUCGCCUUUGACAUCCCCACGGAGAAGCUGAGGGAGACCACCAUCAUUAUCACUGUCAUGGAUAAAGACAAGCUCAGCCGCAAUGAUGUCAUUGGCAAGAUCUACCUGUCGUGGAAAAGCGGCCCAGGUGAAGUCAAGCACUGGAAGGACAUGAUCGCUCGCCCCCGGCAGCCUGUGGCGCAGUGGCACCAGCUCAAAGCCUGAGUGGGGCCGGAGGAGCCCCAAGCGCCAAGGCCUGGGUUCCCAUCAUGCCCCCACCACUUUAUGCACAAUGCCCAGCCUGGACCCCUGCCAUGGGUGAGGGGAGAACCCUGAAGGCUCAGCCAGGGAGGGGUACCGGAACUCUACUGGGCCCUAUUUCUAGGAAGUACCAGCCCCACCCCCACGAGUCCAGCUUGGGGGUGGGAGCUCUGGGAGCCAUUUCCCUGCUUUGCCUCUUUCUUUCCUGAUUUGCUGAUACUAAAGAAGUGGGGGAAAGCUCUAGAGCCAGAGGGGCAGCUCCCUCCAGAGGCCGCCAGGUGGGUGCAGCCCUCCGUUUUCUUUAAGGCAGUGCCUGGAGUGGAGAAAAGCCACCCCUUCCCUAGCCCCUCUUUCUGGGGCCCAAGAGAGGAAGGCCGAGGCGUUUGGCCACGGCCUGGU